UACAAAGCCAUAUCAGUCACGCAGCGAAAGAUUUGUUUGGCCACCCCAAGCUGGCCUCAAUAUCGACUCGGAUAAUUGUUGACAACUGUGGCUUGUCGGCAAACUUCUCCACUUUUUAGAAUAAUGAAUCUGUUGAAACGGAUUUGCGUUGCCUUCAUUGUGGUUUCGAUGGAGUGUCGCUAGUUUUAGCUAACUAAAAAACUUGACUUGUUCGCAAGUAAGGUAAAUGAUUUAUCCAUAACGUGUAGCUUAACGCUAGCCAGCUAGCAGAGCUUAGCUAAAGACAUAGCAGCUAGCAGCAUGGGCGAUAUAACUCCCAGGUUCGGCAACAUGAAGGCUUUGUUAGGAUUAGUUGCCGGAGCUGGAGCCUCUUAUGGCAUAUACAAACUUAUUAGUUUCAAGAGGAACAAGAAAAAUGCCACAGGUGAGAAUCCUGGGGUUAAAGGCAGUCAGCAAAGUGAAGUGAAGAUACAACCGGGGAGUCUGCUGGCCAGAGUGUCCGGACUGGAUGUUAUCUGUCCCCGACCAGCAGAUACGGCAUCAGGGGACAUCAUCCACCAGUCCCCUGACAACCUGGAGCCACAGCACUUGAAAAUGCUCCUGUCCUGCUUGCAGACCAGCAAUAAUCCCUCAGACAGGUGUCGGAUUCUUCUUACAUUAGGAAACAGUGCUGCCUUCACUGUGAAUCAGAAUCUAAUACGGGAAUUUGAAGGGAUUCAUAUCAUAGCUGGGUUCCUUUCUGAUCCUGCACCUGAGGUUAGGGUGCAGACUCUGAAUGCUUUAAAUAACCUCUGUAUGAACAUCCAGAACCAGGAACAAAUAAAGGUUUAUGUUCCACAAGUGCUGGAACUCAUUGAGAUGUCACCAGUGAACUCGGACCUUCAGCUCGGUGCUCUGCGGCUGCUCACAAACCUUUCAGUAACAGACAAACAUCAACACUUGCUGAAGGAAUCCGUUACUCUUUUACUGUCCUUGCUGGUCGUGAGCAAUGAAGCCUUACAGGUUCAGACUCUGAAAGUCCUCGUGAAUUUGUCGUCGAACCCAGAUAUGAUGGAUGACAUUGUUCAAGCUCAGGCGCCAGCUUCCGUGGUGCUGCUAUUUGAUGAACGAACAGCCCCUGCGGUGCUUCUCCGUCUGCUGACCUUUGCAGGGAACCUGAAGGCCUGGAGGCCAUCAGCCCAAGUGGCUGAUGAACUGAGGCGCAAACAAGAUUGCCUCUUCCGGGUCAUGCUAGACGAAUCCUCCCAGCUACACGGCAGAUUGGUUCAGCUGCUUUCACACCCGGAUGGAGAGAUCCAGGCCCAGGUUGCCCGUAUCUUGACAUAGACCUCCUUCCCUGCAUCCCAUUAUGCUUCCAAAACCACCAACCUUUCACAUUUCCCUUCUUAACUUGUAUGUAAGUUGCCAUUAAUCUUGUAGAAGAGUAGGCUAUGUGUAGCCUAAAGCUUGAUUUGGAGAUCUCUGGGAAAUCUGUCCCCCAACUUGCGUAGCAGCGUCGACAUGUAAAAAGGAUUAAUAUGGGGCUCCAGUUAUGACAUAGAUCGGACGCAGAAGUAUAAUUCACGUGUACGUGUGGAUGCACUGCUUACACUCCUUCCAUAUCUGCAGCGUUCCUUGAAUCUGUAUUUUCAAACACAGCUACAUAAUUUGUUCUACUUCACUGACCACUCUUCCCUCAUUUCUAGCGUCUAACACCACAAUUAACUGAUGGGCAAUAAGGGAGCAGGAAGCAGGAGGAACCCUUUCAUUCAGUGGAGUGCAAAAAGGCCACCUCUUCCUGUUUUUCCUGCUGCCAGAGACUGUUUCCUUCUAAAAUAUCCACAGUGCCCUUUUUUCUUCUGAGAACUUCCCCUAAGAAUAAAAAAAAGCAGACAAAAAUCUCUGAAGCUACUUUCCAGGUGAAAAUUCUUAAUCCAACUCCACUGCCAAAAGUUUUCUAGGGAACGUUUUAGUAUGACCUACAGCAUGAACCUGUGCACUGCACCCCCCCCCACCGUGGUUCAGAGAGACUUUUAGCGGUGUUUUUAGUUUAAGAAGCAGGGUGUUGUGAUUCUUAGACAGGCCAAAGUGAAUUUAACCUACGGGAUUAUCACUGAAACUUAGAGGGGUUCAGUGUAUCAAGAUGAGACACUGACCGACCCACCAGUAUUAAGAAGUGCUAGCUGAGUUAUGUGAAGCAUCUAAGAAUGACACCUCUUCGGGAAAACUUUAUCUUUAAUGAUGUGCUGACCAAAGCUGCCUGAAAGGGUUUGAUCCAGGCUGUGUUGGUGUCACUGAAUGUCUCUCUCACUCUGUGAAUUGGACUCCAAAUACCUGCAAAUCCCCCUGAGGGAGGAGCUGGAGGAAGUUAGAAGAGGAAAAGGAUGUUUGGACUGCUUCGAUUGUUCCACAGCCGCCGCAAGUAUCAUAAAUAGCUGUCAGACUGACAAAGCAGUGUCACAGUGAUCAUCUGAAAGCUGUUUCUCAUUUACAAAAAAAAAUCAUGGUAUUGAAUGUUAAACGCAAGCCUUGUUAUGUUAAGCUAUGCACUGAGAAGACUGAUUCACCUGAGAGGUUGAGCGUGCAUGAAAAAUGUAACUGUGAUCCCAGAAGAUGACGAUAAAUGCGAGAUCUUUACUGCAUGGGUCAGUCCAGGUGUGUUGAAAUGCUGCACUUUUUCUGUAUUUUUUUUCUUCUUUUUUUUAAAUGUUUAGACACUGAUUUUAUUGAACCCAAAACUAAAUAUAUCUCAGGCGAAUAGGGUUUACCAGACAUGUGGAGUAGGUUGAUUUACUUGUGACCUGGAUGAUGAUGAUUAUUAUUAUUAUUAUUAUUAUUAUUUAUUUAAGCGUUUUGCUUAUAAAAUGGAACAUAUGUUUGUCUGUUUGAAUGGUUCAAUAAAUACCCAACAUGGUAAAUA